GUCCCUCCUGUGUCCCUCCUGUCCUCCUUCCUCUCAUUGUUCUCUGGCACGCUAGGCCAGCAUCAGCUCUGGGCUGGAACCGGAACGAGAACGCUGAUUCAAGCGAAAAGUCUGUGGCCGAGGAUGAAGAGGAAGGGAUGAGCUGGAUGGAGCCAGUAAGGUUGCAAGGUGGAGGGGGGAGGUUACCGCUAGCCCGAGAGGAUGGGAAAGAGGUUUUUGGCUUAUGACUGUGCUGCUUCCUCUCUUUUUUCUCUUCCUUCCCUCUUACAUCUUACUCAUUUGCAGACUUGAGGACUUUGUAUGUUUCCAGCUUGCUGUUUCUCUGUACAUUGAUUGACAUUGGCACUCACUCCAUCCCUUGAUUCGAAGAGACAGAAGAAAGAAAGACUUACUCGGAUUGUACUUUCUGACGUCUGCCGAGGCAUAAAUACAUAUCUACCCGAAUUUCUGUACACUAUCUAACUCCCGACUGACUUACCACUCCACUCUACCGGCAUCAUGUCAGGCAAGAUGAACCUCCCAGCGGUGGAUGUGAAUACCGAGGAGAAGCAGUUCCUCGACGAGGUUGCGGCUGUCAAGCAAUGGUGGACAGACUCCAGGUGGAGAUACACCAAGAGACCGUUCACGGCUGAGCAAAUUGUUGCGAAGAGGGGGAAUUUGAAGAUUGAGUAUCCGAGUAAUACUCAGUCGAAGAAACUGUGGAAGAUUUUGGAGGGGAGAUUCAAGACCCAAGAUGCAAGCUACACUUAUGGCUGUCUCGAACCUACCAUGUUGACCCAGAUGGCGAAAUACUUGGAUACUGUUUAUGUUUCUGGCUGGCAAUCAUCGUCUACUGCUUCUGCAUCUGAUGAACCUGGUCCAGAUUUGGCGGAUUACCCAUAUGUGAGUCCUUAUCUAAUCCCCUCCACCGCCCAUAUACUAAUCUUCUAGACCACCGUCCCAAACAAAGUCGGCCAUCUCUUCAUGGCCCAGCUCUUCCACGACCGCAAGCAAAGAGAGGAACGUGUAACAACCAAAUCGAAAGCUGACCGUUCCAAGCUCGCCAACAUCGACUAUCUCCGCCCAAUUAUCGCAGAUGCUGAUACCGGACAUGGAGGGUUGACUGCCGUCAUGAAGUUGACGAAGUUGUUCAUUGAGAAGGGAGCUGCUGGUAUUCAUAUUGAGGAUCAAGCACCUGGAACGAAGAAGUGUGGACAUAUGGCUGGAAAAGUGCUUGUACCUAUAAGCGAGCACAUCAACCGUCUUGUUGCCAUUCGGGCACAAGCUGAUAUCAUGGGCUCCGACCUCCUCGCGAUUGCACGAACUGACGCCGAAGCCGCAACCCUCAUCACCACCACCAUCGACCCCCGCGACCACGCCUACAUCCUCGGAUCCACCAACCCCGCCCUUCAACCUCUCAACGACCUCAUGAUCGCCGCCGAACGAGCCGGCAAGAACGGCGCCGAACUCCAAGCCAUCGAAGACGCCUGGACCGCGCAAGCAGGCCUCAAGCUGUUCAACGACGCCGUCAUCGACACCAUCAACUCGGGCGUGCACGUCAACAAGAAGGAGCUCGCCGCCAAGUUCCUCAAGGACGUCAAGGGCAAGAGCAACACCGAAGCCCGCGCCAUCGCAAAGGGCAUCACCGGCGUCGACAUCCCCUGGGACUGGGACUCCCCGCGCACCAGAGAGGGCUACUACAGAUUACAGGGCGGCUGCGAGUGUGCCAUCAACCGCGCGAUUGCGUACGGCCCGUACGCGGACGCGAUCUGGAUGGAGAGUAAACUCCCUGAUUACGCGCAGGCGGAGCAGUUCGCUAAGGGGGUGCACGCUGUCUACCCGGAUCAGAAGCUCGCGUAUAACCUGUCGCCGUCGUUUAAUUGGAAGACGGCCAUGCCGCGCGCGGAGCAGGAGACGUAUAUCAAGAGGCUGAGUAAGUUGGGGUAUUGCUGGCAGUUUAUCACGUUGGCGGGAUUGCAUACUACGGCUUUGAUAAGCGAUCAGUUUGCCAAGGCGUAUAGUCUGCAGGGGAUGAGGGCGUAUGGGGAGUUGGUGCAGGAGCCGGAGAUGGAUGGCGGGGUGGAUGUCGUGAAGCAUCAGAAGUGGAGUGGGGCGAAUUAUGUGGAUGAGUUGUUGAAGAUGGUGCAGGGGGGUGUGAGUAGUACUAGUGCGAUGGGGAAGGGGGUUACGGAGGAUCAGUUUCAUUGAGUUGAGUGAUGGG